AUGUUGAGCAUGAAUGAAACUGCUGGUUCCUCAUGUGGACGUGAUGUUUAUAUUGUAGAUUGCGUAAGAACUCCUAUUGGAUUGGGAAGAAGCUCAGGAUCAUUGAAUGGAAUUCAUCCUGUUACUUUGUUAUCAUUGGUUUUGGAUAAUGUUACUUCGAGAAAUAACGUAAAUAAGGCUGAAGUUGAAGAUGUUGUAUGCGGAGUAGUCACUCCAGUCAAAGAACAAGGUGCUAACAUUCCUCGUUUGGCUCUCUUGAAAGCUGGAUAUCCUGUCACUGUUCCAGGUGUUCAACUCAAUCGUAUGUGUGGUAGCUCACAACAAGCUGUACACUUCGCUGCUCAAGCAAUUGCUUCGGGAGAUAUGGAAAUGGUGGUUGCUUGUGGUGUUGAAAUGAUGUCUGUCGUUCCUAUGGGAAGCGAUUGCGAUCCUGAAUUGUUCCAAGUUUCAACGACUCCAAAGGAACCAAAGUUUGCUCCAUUCCCUCAUAAAUUGCUCCAUCAAGGUGUUAGUGCGGAAUUGAUUGCAGAGCACUACAAGAUUUCAAAGAAGGAAAUUGAUGAAUUUUCUGUUGACUCUCACAGAAAGGCAUUUGAAGCAACCAAGAAGGGAGUUUUUAAUUCACAAAUUUUACCAAUUAAGGUUACCAAAGGUGACAAGGAAUUCUGGUUGAAGACCGACGAAGGUAUUCGUUAUCCAGUGGAUGUUGAAAAGAUGUCACAAUUGAAGCCAGUAUUUAAACGUGAUGGUGUGAUUUCUGCUGCCAAUGCCAGUCAAAUUUCCGAUGGUGCUGCUGCUGUCUUGCUUUGCUCUGGCGAAAAGGCCAAACAAUUGGGUCUCAAGCCUCGUGCUCGUAUUGUUAGUAGAGUUGUUGUUGGUUGUGAUCCAGUGAUGAUGUUAGAUGGUGUCAUUCCAGCCACUAGAAAGGUUUUGGAGAAGUCUGGUUUGUCAAUUUCUGACAUUGACGUUUUUGAAGUGAACGAAGCAUUUGCCAGUGUUGUGUUGUCAUGGAAGAAGACUUUCAACGUUCCAGAUUCCAAGUUGAAUCCAAAUGGUGGUGCUAUUGCUCAUGGACAUCCAUUGGGAGCUACUGGCGCUAUUUUAAUGACCAAGCUUGUCAACGAAUUGGAAAGAUCUGGUAAGCGUUAUGGAUUGCAAACCAUGUGUAUUGGUCAUGGUGCUGCUACUGCUACCAUUAUUGAAAACGUGAAUUGGAAAUCUCAAAAGUUGUAA